AUGGGAGAGAAAAUAACGAGUCGACUGAAUUUAUACAAUAGUGAGUCUGAAGAAGAAAAUGAUGACAAUGAUCAAUAUAUUGCACCAUCAUUAGAUUUUGAGUUUGUGGAAGUUGAUAAAGAAGAUGAACAUAAUAAAAAUGAAAAGGCUGAAGAAAAGGAACCAGAAGAUGAAUUUGCUUUUCCAUUAUUUGCAUCAUCAGUGUCUAUUACAACAAAACCGAACACUCAAGAAACUGAGGAAAGAGGAAGAUCUAAAACACAACAACAUCAAUCAGUACAAAAAAUAUCACUACGUGAACACUCUGAAGAAAGAAUCAAUAACGAGAGACCGGAUUCGUAUUAUUUUGCAUCAUAUACAUCAGAUCAAAAAUUUCAAUUUGAACAAGUAGCAGUAUCAUAUAAUGACAUAUAUUCACAAAUCACCUUAAAAUUAUCAUCACCAUCACAAUCACCUGGAAAAGUAAUAAACUUGAAUCAACAUAAUCAAAAAAUAGAAGAGAUACUAGCGAAGGAAAAGCUAAAAAAAUCGAAAAGACCUGGGAAGAAGAAAAGAGAAAGUAAAAUAUAUUGUAAACAACGAAGAUUGGAAAGAAUAAAAAUUGCAAAACAAGAAGAGAAAAAUAGAAAAGCAAAAGCUAAACAAGAAAAAUAUGGUAAAUUUAAUAAAUUCAAGACAACUGGUGGUGGUGCUUCUGAUAAGAAAUUCGGAAGAGUUAAUAAGAAGUCUUUUAAAAACGAUAAACCAAAUGGUAAAUUUGCUAAAAACAAGAAUCAAGUACAACAAAAGCCAAAGUAUAGGACUGAAAAAUUUAGUCAUUUUUCAUCAAUGGUCGUCCCUACUGCCAAUUUAAGUAAUGAGUUAGAAGAUUUUGAAGCAUAUUUGGAGCCGGAUUUCAAUUCAACAAGUUUUGCAAACUCCCUAUUAAUAGCAUCCAAUGGUAAUGAAAAUCAAGAAAUAGAUUUCCAAACUCCAAUUAAGAAACUAAAAUAUGAUUUGAUCGAGUUAGAUAAAAGGAUAAAAAAUAUAUCAUCAAAUAAUUAUGAGGCAUUGAUUAAUAAUUUUGUACAGAUCAAUCAAUAUCAACAAAUCCAAGAACAACAAAUCAACCCUAAUUUGGAUACCAUUAACAAACAAUUUGACAAGAUCAAGAAAGAGUAUAUCGAACCAUAUGAUGAAGCUCAAAGAUUGACUAAUGCAUUGAAAAAUCUACUUCAUACUUUAGAAUUAUUGAGAAGUGCUUCUUUUUUCAUUUUUAUAAUUCAACAAUUGGAAGAUUUAUCAACUACAAGCAAUGAUAGUAACGACAAAGAUUUAGUAAAAAUUAGUAAAUUAUACAUUCAGCUAUCUAAAUUGUAUGAGAGUCUGAAGAAAGAUAUAAAAGAGAAGAACAACAUAAUGUCCAUCAAGCUAAUAAGAGACUAUGAACAAAUUGCUUAUACAAGAAAACAAAACUUAAUUCAAAAUUGUAGUUCAACAAUAAUUAAUGAAUUCAAUAGAGUUGUAUCCAUAAAUCAUAAAAAUUUGAAACUAUACAAUAAUCUACGAGCAUUAUAUAUUUUAGAUACCAAUGAGUUUUUCACAAUUUUCGAUAAAUCAACUAUACAAAAAGAAUUGAACAUCAGUAAUAAUCAAAUGACUAAGGCAUUGCAAAGUCCGAGAAAUUUUACAUCCAUAAUCACUGAAAUUAAACAAAAUAAUGAUCUAUACUUCGCGAGUCUAAAUGAAUUAUUACAAAAGUGGCAGUUCAAUAACGAUACCGAUAUAAACGAAAAGCUAGGAACUAUAAUACUAAAUCAUUACAACUGCAAAUCAUUAGAUCUUUUGUUUUGGCAAAAAUUAUCUCAAUCUUUUAAAAGAAAUAUUGUUGCAACAAUGGCAAGAGGUGGACCCAUUGCAAAAAAUCUAAGAGUUUAUAGUCAAGGUUUGAAAAAAUCAAUUGAAGAUACAUUUGGAGGAGAAGAAGAAGUUAAAAAUUACUUACUCGAAGCAUUAUCCAUGAUAGAUUAUAAAUAA